AUGCCGACGUCGACGGAAACGACUCCGCUCGUCGCCGAUUCCGCGCCCGAAGGCCGGCCGCAAGUUCAUAUCCCCAAGGUCCAUGAUCCCGGUGCCUUCGUGCUCACCGUUUGUGGGCUCGUUCUUCUAGGCGCUUCAUCCAGCGGGCUGUGGGCCAUCCCCGCGAUACGCCUCGUCGAGGACAUUGCCUGCAGGACGCACUACGGGCUCCUCGACACGGUCAGUCCCAUCGACGAGGGCCUCUGCAAGGCGGACGAGAUCCAGGAGCGCGUGGCCUACAUCCUCGCCGUCUACACCGCCAUCCAGGCGACCGUGGGCGCGACCUGCACGUUUCCCUGGGGCAUUGUCGCUGACAGGAUAGGACGCAGGCCUGUCCUUAGCAUCGCCGUCAUCGGCAUCACCCUGGAUCUCCUAUGGUUCGCCUUUGUAUGCGCCUUUCCAAGGACGCUGCCCCUUGAGGCCAUCUGGCUGGGGCCGGCCAUGGAGGUCAUUGGAGGCGGCAAUGCAGUGCUUACGGCGGCGCUCUUCAGCAUGGUCUCAGACGUCGUCACCGAGGAGAAAAGGACAACGGCCUUUAUGCGUGCCUAUCUCAGCGGCAUGCUCGGCAACCUCGUGGCACCGGCUGUCUCGGGGGGGAUUAUGGACAAGGUUGGCCCCUGGUUUGUUGUCCGGCUUGCCAUUGGCGGCUUCCUUCUUUUGGCCGUCGCCGUUCACAUCCUCCUAGAGGUGAAGCCGGCUAGCAAGGAGCCACAAGACCACGUUGCCGAGCAGGCACCGUCUAAGCAUGGCGUUGUCGGUGCUAUUGAGAACGCCCUCGUCCGGAUUCGAGAGUCGUUGGCCGUUUUCCAGUCACCGUCUCUCGUGCUGCUUCUCUUAGCCAGCCUCGCUGUCUUCCCUCUCGCCCAGUCGGCGAUGCAGCUCAUGUCGCAGUUGGCCUCUAAGCGAUAUCACAUCUCCCUCGCACAGACCGGCUAUCUAUCGUCGCUUUACGGCUUCGCCACGGCAAUCUCGAUUCUUUGGAUCCUCCCAGCCGUGGCAAGCUUCCUCGCCGCACCAGCGCGCAUCCCAAAUUCCCGCCAACGCGACCUUUUCCUCAUACGGGCAUCUUCUGUGGUACUACUGAUUGGUUCUUCCGUCAUGUCUACGGCGCCAAAUUUAGGCACAUUUAUCCUCGGUCUGGCCAUCCUAUCACUAGGGGCCGGCUGGGGCAGCCAUCUACGUAGCUUAGCCACGAUAUAUGUGGACGCCGCGCAUCGAACUAGGCUAUACUCCAUCAUGUCUAUCGUUGAGACGGUGGGUAAUGUGUACGCACAGCCCAUGCUGGCGGCUUUAUUCACCGCGGGGAUGAAACUGGGCCAUUUCUGGAUCGGACUGCCGUACCUCGGAAUUGCUUUGCUUGUCGCCCUGGCCCUUGCUCUCCUGCUACUGGUGAGGCUGCCCAGUGAAGACGCCGAUGAAGAAUGA